CAUGUCCCAGCCAUUGUCAAGAUCGUCAUGCGCUACGAAGGCCAAACCAAAGACGACAGGCGCUGGGCCAUCGGCACGGGGUAUCUCAUCUCUCCCAACACCUUCGUCACCGCCGGCCACUGCGUCUAUGACCGCACUGGUGGAGGCCAAGGUGCUCAACCGAGCGGUUUGGGCCGUGUCGUCCAGAUGAAGUGCUACAUUGGUUAUUGCGGUCUUGACAGUGUCACUCGUCCCAACAGCACCGUCCAGGCUCGUCGCGCUCUCGCUACUGUCACCACCGCGCAGUGGAUCACCACUGGUGAUAGGCGGUAUGAUGUCUCUUUUGUGAGGCUUGACCGCCCGUUUGAGGGGAGAGUCAGGGCGCAUGAUGGCGGGAGCACACUCCGGAACUUUGUUAUUCAGGAGACGCCGAUGAGGGAGAAGGGCGCGUUGCUGGGCGUGGUGGGGUACCCGGGGGAUAAAUACUUGAAUAAGGAGAAGGGGGCGCAAAUGUAUGAGUUGUUUGAGACGGUGGACUAUGAUUUGGGAAAGGGGGCAGGGAAUAUGUUGCAGUAUCGGAUUUCGACUUUUAAAGACAAGGGGCAGUUGGUUGUCAUUGGCACGCAUUGCUACGGAGGAGAGGCGCGCAACUCGGCCAGUGUGAUUGGCGGGGAGUAUGGCAACAACUACAACUUCUUCCUCGCGGCUCUUGAACAGCUCCCUCCUACUGUCAAGGAUGUGACAGGUGUGAAGCGGGUAGUGGGAAAUGACGACUCAGGUGAGACUGGCACCGAGACUGGUAUGGAUGGUCCGGUCGGUGAGGCGGAGGGCUUUCUUGAUGUUCUCAAGGACAUCGGCCGGGUGGUUGCUCCUGUUGUGCAAACUGCCCUCCCCUUGGUUUCACCGCUUCUUGGUCCAAUGGGUGGACCGGUGAGCGCCAUUGGGAGUAUCGCCAUGGGCGCACUCAGCAAAGCAGUUCAGGAAUCUGAUAUGGAAUCUGGUCUGCCUCCUCCGCCGAGGAUCAAGCUUGCUGCUGGUGUGGCCGAACGCGCCGUGGUGGCCGAGAGUGUCUUGCAGACUGUCCUCAGGAUGGAGAGAUCUCCUGUCUCUCAGAGAAUCGUCGACAAGAUGAGAUUCAAGUACACCGCUACUGGAUUUACCUCGAAGCACGCAGCCAAGUUGGGUCCUAGGAUGGUGCCCCUGCUCAGCCAGGCUGGCUUGAGAAUCGCUGUCACGGAAGGGCUGAUCCAAAAGCCAGCUGAGUUUGGAGCCACAAAGCAGGUGCCAGUCUCGCAGACCGAAGCCGACUUGACUGGAGAUACCCACACCGACAGGUUCCUCGAGAACAUCGCCAAGACCGAGGCCAAGGUCUUGAAGUCAGGGGCUCAGUCCGAGGCAUUCUUUGACAACUUGGGGCCAUUUUUGACGAGAGCACUCAAAGUGGCUUCGCCUGUCUUGCUGACGUCUGCGAGGGCUGGCUUGCAAAAGAUAGAUCAGAUUCUGGCCAAGAAAGAGAAGCAAGUUGGCGGUGGCACUGAGGCUCUGCUGGAGGACCCAACCAAUGAGAAGGUCAUCACUGAUGAGAAGGCCGCUGCAUUGCUCGCCCACAGGGCUGUCGUUGCGGAGUGUGCCUUGCAGGCUGUUCUGGAGGCGGAGCCAAAAGAGCUGAGGGAGAGUGUGAUCCUGGGAGAAAGCGCGGGUUCAGCAGAGCAGGAGAGCUUCUUUGGCGGUUUGCUCAAGACUGUCCAGCGCAUUGCGCCGGCCGUGUUGAAGGCUGCCCCGGCAGUUCUCAACACAGCUGUUCCGAUCCUUCUUGGUGCUAUCAGCGGUCCUGCUGGAGCACCCGCCGUUGCUGCGGUCUCUUUUAGUGUGUCAUCUGUUGAGGACACUGCUGACACUCUGAACGGUGAACAUGCUGCUGUUGGUGUCAACGGCUGGAGCAAGAAGAAAGCUGGUAUCAACGGGGGAUCCUUCAAGGUAAGCAAUGUUUCAUUUGCUUUGGUUUGA